AUGUUCAGCGAGGUCGAAGCCGCCGCCACGCACAUCGUGUCGCUGAUCCGCAGCCGGUCACAGGACAGGGACGAACCCAUCUCCGCUUCUGCGAUCGACACCUUCGGCGAAAGCCUCAGGCAACAGCUUCGCGCCAGGUGCCAGAGCUGCUGGUACGUCGACGAGGCCGACCGUGGCUCGGCUUCGCGUGCCAUUGCAUGGCAGGCCCACUCGGCCGGCGAGGGACCCGACCGCGCCAUCCUGUCGGCAUGCACCGCGGUGCUCGAAUCGCAGGCAGAGGAGGGAGAGAUCCUUGCCAGCACCGGCGGCGCCGCUGCGCUUGACCUUGCGCGGCGAUGGCUGCCAACGCCUUUCACCAUGUGGAUCGAUCCGCAGUGCGUGGCCAUCCGGAUGGGCAGCGGUCCAGGUGCCGCACGGAGCCAGUUCGACGUCGACUCGCGGCCUUCGAGCUCAUCCUCGGCCGUCAGCGUCGUCUGGGGCAAGCUGCUUGCACAGCACGGCGACGAACAGAGGCCCGCCGUCACCGUCACCCUCACCAGUGCCCUGCCCGCCCCGGAGCGCCGACCCGUCCAGAUUGUGCGACCCGAGUCCAGGUACCCGUCCAGCUUGGCCAACGGUGGCAAGCCUCAACACGCCAGAAACCUCUCCACGAGCAGCUGCGGCAGCAGCAUCGCUGGCCUGACGCGUAGCGCAAGCAUCUCGAGCCACGGCUCCCUCAGCACCGAGGCGACCAGCUACUUUAGCGAGGACGAGAGCGUCGGCUGUCCGAGCCUCACCUCGCCGUGGUCGUGCGCGUCGUCGACGUCCAACAGCCCUCGGGCCCCCAGCGAAGGCGAGGCCGAGCACGGCGACGAGACAAUCUCUCGCACGCCGUUCCGAGGCGCCAGCCUCUUCUUUGGCGACGGCGAUGACGCCGGCGACUGCACCAUCCAGGCAGACGACGCCGCCGACUGCACCCUGGUCCUCGAAGAGAGCGCCGAAAUUGUAUCGACGCCUCGCAACGCCACUCACCUCGCCUCGAGGCCGCAGCGCACGCGCACCGAGUCGGUCUGCUCGAGCAUCAACGACGAGGGCCAGGCCAAGAGCAACUACACCAUCCAUGACAACGGCAACGUCGGCGUGCUCGGCGGCGGCGUCCGUCUGGGAGGUUCCCGCCCCGCUGCCGCAGCACCUCCGCUCGGUGCUGCGGCCUUUGGCGGCCCCAGCCACCCGGCCGUGUCGCGCCACCGCCAGCACACGAGCUCCAAGAGCGUCGGCAGCGUCUACAACCCGAACCUCAUUGUCCGCGACCUGCAGAAGCAGGACCCCUUCUUUGCUGCCGCAGCCACCUACAGCGCGCCCAGCCACUCGAUCCCUCUGCCUCCGCUGCCCCUGCCCACACCUCUAGCCUACGGCGGUCACAACGGCAGUACUGCGCCGCCGGCCUUUUUGGGUCAGUACGGCAGCUUCGGCGGCAACGUGCCCCCGAUGCUCAACGGUCCUCGCGUCGGCGGCAGCAGCUUCCUCUGCGGCGGCGGAUACGAGCCGAGCAUGCUGCACGGCCUCGAGGCCGGCGGAUACGGACCCAAGCAGGGUUACGGCCACGGCCACGGUCACGGCCACUCGGCUUCGGUUACGUUUGCCCCCUCGAUGCUGGGCUACGACCACCCGGACUGCGACGAUGCGUCGGUCGGCGGAGCUGGAACUGGCGGCGAGACCGGCCGUCGCCGUGUGCGCUCGCGAGGCCGGAGGAGCCGCGGCCGCGGAGCUGGCCGAGCAGCUCGUCGACAGGCCGCCGCCCUCAAGGCACUCCAGGAGGCUGGCGACGAGCUCGACGGCGGCGGACUCGGCCUCGACGUCGAUGGUGCGUCGUCCGACGCCGCCUUUUCGCGCUGCUCGACGCCGUCGGCCUCCGAGUUCGGCUGA